ACCUCUCAACCUCUCAACCUCUCAACCUCUCAACCUCUCAACCUCUCAACCUCUCAACCUCUCAAUCCCCCAAAACAAAAUGACAUCCCCCCCAACACCCCCUCCGCCCCCCAGCACCCUCACCACUCCCAACUCCACCGUCCCCCUCUACACCCUCCACAAAAACCUUUCACCCGGCCAGGGCCAGGGCCAAGCCAUCCUCAUCCGCCGCUCCACCGACGGCGCCAUCCUCCUCGGCACCCCCUCGCCCUCCGCUUUGCUGAACAACCCUUCCUAUGCGAGCAGCCAUAAACAAUUCUCCACCUUCUCGCCACCUUGUGUCUCUGCAGGUGGACAAGUUGACACAAACGUGGUUCGGGAGUUGAUGAAGGGUGGUGUGCAGUUGGAGGCAUCACCAGCUGGAGCCAGGGGGACUUCAGAAGGGAUCGGGGCCCCCGAGGCCGCGGCUAGGGUGUUGAACCAUGAGAAUCUGGUUAGUUUGCAUGGAGAGUGGGUGAGUGGGGUGGUGGAUGGUGUUGGGGCGGUGUUUGGGUCCAGGGGGUUUGGGUUUGUCAAUCAGAGCCAGAUGGCGGGGGUCCUUGAUAAGGGGGGGAUGAUGAUGAAGAAGAGCAAGAGCGUGGAUAAGACGGAAAGGUGGUUGGUGUGGGAUUGGUGUGAUGCGGGGAGCUUGAAGGGGUUGAUUGAGUUUUAUGGGGGGGGCGUGGGGGAGUGUGUUGUUUGGGGACAUGUGGAAGCAGCAACGGGAGUUGAAAAGAAGAAAAAGAAGGGAAAGGGGGGUUUGCCUAGGAAAGAGGAAUUGGGGACGGUGUUGACAGAAGGAAAACCAAGUCAAGUCAAACCAGGCGAGGGUUUCUUACCAGAGAGUCUAGUAUGGCAUGUUGCCUUGGGAGUUCUGCGCGCGUUGAUGUUUUUGCACGAAGGGAAGCGGGACGUGGUAAGCGUGGAGAAGGAUUCGACGGUGACAGGAAGCGGCGGGUUCAAAAGGGUGAGGAAGGUUCACGGACCGCCGGAGACAGAACCGGAUUGGUUGCCUAUCUUGCACAGAGAUGUCAGGGCGGAGAAUAUCUACUUGCAGCAUCCGAGGGGCGUGGAGACGUAUGGUGCAGUGAAGCUGGGCGGGUUCGAGAAUUGUUAUGUUAGUGCGGCGGUGGUGAUGGCGCAGGAUGAGGAGGAGGAGUUUGAGAGGGUGCCGCUGGUGGCGAUGGAGAGGGGGGAGGUGGUGGACGAGAAGGAGUUGAGGGAUCGGUGGAUGGAAUGGGAGGAUGAAGGGGAUGGGAUUGAUGCGUCCAAACGCCCCUACACCCGCGGCAACGACCUCUACGCCCUCGGCACCAUCCUCUACCACAUGAUGGUCGGCCGUCCCCUGCCACCCGUCCCGGAGGAGUGUCAUCUCUGCAAGUGUCACCACGUCCAGUUUUUGACCGGCGCCCCUGGCGAAAAGAAAAAGGCUUGCACCCACAUGACCUGCGACUACCAAGACGUGAAUCACGAGGUGGAAAUUGGCCAGCUCAUCAACACCGGUACCCGCGGGAAGUACUCCAAGAACCUGGCUGGGCUGGUGGGCUUGCUUCUGAGGCAGUAUAGAAGCGAUGAGAAGACGGCCAGUGAUAUUCUGGAUAGGAUCACCUGGAAGGCGUAUGAGGAGUGGAAGACGGCCACACCCGAUGGCAAGCUGUUCAAGGAUGCGACGGACGAUAUGAUGUUCAGGAAGAACAAUGAGAUUGUGGCGAAGAGGAAUUUGGUGGCUCAGCAGAACAGUCGGCCUAUGGAUGUGUAGUUGGGAGAUACAGGAAGAUGGAAAGGGGGAUGCAGAUGUGUGAACAGGAAGAUGGAAAGGGGGAUGCA